UGAGGCGCCGCCACGGCGCAUGCGCGGACCUGCAGCCAGCCGGGAGCCGCCGCGGCCGCGCUAAUUUUUCUCGCUCUUCAAUCCGUCGGGUUGCGCGCCCAUCCCGCCCGCAAUCAUGACGGUGGGUAAGAGUAGUAAGAUGCUUCAGCAUAUCGACUAUAGAAUGAGGUGCAUCCUUCAGGAUGGGCGCAUCUUCAUUGGAACAUUCAAAGCAUUCGACAAACACAUGAACCUUAUCCUAUGUGAUUGUGAUGAAUUCAGGAAAAUCAAGCCCAAAAACUCCAAACAGCCUGAGCGGGAGGAGAAGCGGGUUCUUGGAUUGGUCUUGCUUCGUGGCGAAACACUGGUCUCUAUGACUGUAGAAGGACCUCCUCCAAAAGAUACCGGAAUUGCCCGUGUGCCUCUUGCUGGUGCAGCUGGUGGACCUGGUAUCGGGCGAGCAGCGGGUCGUGGUGUCCCUGCGGGAGCACCAAUGCCACAGGCUCCAGCUGGGUUGGCAGGUCCUGUCCGAGGAGUGGGAGGACCAUCUCAGCAGGUGAUGACACCCCAGGCACGUGGGACUGUUGCAGCAGCUGCAGUUACUUCCAGUAUCGCGGCAGCACCACAGCAGUACAUACCUGGCCGCGGAGGCCCACCACCAAUGGGCCGAGGCGCACCCCCACCAGGUAUGAUGGGCCCUCCCCCUGGUAUGAGGCCACCCAUGGGACCACCAAUGGGAAUGCCCCUUGGCCGAGGGGCACCGAUGGGAAUGCCACCAGGGAUGAGACCGCCGCCGCCGGGAAUGCGAGGCAAGUUUGGUCCUCCUCCGCCCAGUAUGCGUCCUCCAAGACCGUGAAAUUGAAACCGAUAAUAAGUCAGGGUUGACAGAUUCUACCCGUCCACGUGGGAACAUUUGUUUUUGAGGAGGUGGUGGCCUGAACAGACUCCCCCUUGUGACAGCCCGUGGUUGCAAUGCAAGCACUGAAAUUUCUGGGAUUCUUAUGUAGAAUGGCAAAACUGUUGGAUUUGUUUGAUUUGUAUUGUAAUAUUUUACAUUUUUUAUUAAAUGUUUGAGUAAAA